AUGGCUAAAGUAAAAGUAACGUAUUUUGAUUUACCGGCGUUAGGUGAACCAAUUCGGUUAUUGUUAGUAUAUGGUGGUGUUGAGUUUGAAGAUAUACGCAUCGAAGGUGAUAAAUGGUUAGAUAUUAAACCAAAAACUCCGUUCGGACAGGUUCCUUUGUACGAAGAAGAUGGUAAAAUUAUGAACCAAAGUAUUGCUAUUAUGAGAUAUUUAGGAAAAAAAUAUAAAUUAAUUGGUGCUAAUGAUUGGGAAGAUUUAGAAAUUGAUGCUAUGGCUGAAACAUUUCGCGAUUUUAUUAUAACUAAAUUAAAAGAUCCACUUUAUAAGGAAACAAUUCCAUUUUACUUGGAACGUUUUGAAAAAAUCGCUAAAGAAAACGGUGGACAUUUAGCAGUUAAAAAACUUACCUGGGUGGAUUUCUUUUUCGCGGCAAUGGCAGAUUACAUGUCUUUGAUGGGUAAAAUUAAUUUAAUGGAAAACAAUCCGAAUUUGAAGGCUGUUUACGACAAUGUCAUGAAAUUACCUGCUAUUAAAAAAUGGCAUGAAAAAUAUCCGCUUACGCUUGAUGGAACAAAGGCUUGGUUGGAAGCGACAGGAAAACCUAGCGCAGAAUAA